AUUCGCGUCCACGAGCUCUGUCGCAGAUUAAUCAGAAUCGGCACGCGCUAAUCUCUCGGCUUCAUCAAAUCGACGGAGAAACUGACGCCAUGUGUGCCAUUUUGAGGGUGCACAAGCACGCAUGGACUAGAUCUGGGGUACGAUGAAGCUGGGCGUUUUACAUCAAAAGGACGUCCUACCUCCGAUGGUAUCGCUUGUGCGUUAUUGACAGGACCUCGAUAUCUGAUCACGAUGCUGUCAAACAUGAUGACGCGAUUGGCUCUGCCAUUGGCCAUUCUCUCAUUCUUCCUCUCCUUCGUCAAUGGUCUUCCCCACGAUGCGCUCGUCGCACGCCAGUCGAAAAACCUCCGCAUUCUGCCGCUAGGCGACUCCAUCACCUGGGGUUACAUCAACGGCGGCGGUUCAAACGGGUACCGUGAGCGGCUGCUGGCCGACCUCAAGUCUGGCGGCUACACCGUUGACUUCGUCGGCACGCAGAAGUCCGGAACAAUGGCCGACAAAGACAACCAAGGUUUCCCUGGCUACACCAUCUCCCAGAUCCGCGGCGUCGCUGCCGGUGGUCUUGCACUGAAGCCCAACGUCGUCUUGCUCCAUGCCGGUACCAACGAUCUGAACAGAGGAAACCCUUCCUCAGAGCCAGAUGCUGAUGCGCCGAGACGACUUGGGCUUUUGCUUGAUGACGUCCUGAAGGCAGUCCCCAACGCAGUCGUCAUUGUGGCUAAGAUCAUCCCAUCGAAGCAAUCGGGUCUCAACGCCAACAUCAAGACUUUCAACAAUGCGUUGCCUGCUAUUGUCGCCGCCAGGGUUAGCAAGGGAUCGAAGGUUUCCAUCGUCGAUAUGAACGUCCUCAGCACGUCGAGCGAGUUGAGUGAUAAUCUGCACCCGAAUGUCGCUGGAUAUGCGCGCAUGGGUGACAUCUGGAAUGCUGGCAUCAAGGCUGUUGCCGGUUCGAUUCCCGCGCCUGCUUAGUCGUUCCUACUCAAGGACUUGUGGGGCUCAGGCGCCAA